UCCAGCCAGGCUGAGGCGAGGCUCCCGGAAGUGCCCCGCGCUGUGGCGUGUGGGUAGGCGGCCCUGGCAGCGCCUGCGCUUUGCGCUGCUGCCUGCGGGAAGAUGGUGCUGAUCAAGGAAUUCCGCGUGGUUUUGCCGUGCUCGGUGCAGGAGUAUCAGGUUGGACAGCUUUAUUCCGUGGCUGAGGCCAGUAAAAACGAAACUGGAGGCGGAGAAGGCAUCCAGGUCUUAACCAACGAGCCUUACGAGAAGGAUGGCGAAAGGGGGCAAUAUACACACAAGAUCUACCACCUGAAGAGCAAAGUGCCUGGCUUUGUGCGGAUGUUUGCCCCAGAAGGCUCCCUAGUAUUUCAUGAAAAGGCCUGGAAUGCAUAUCCUUACUGUAGAACAGUCGUUACGAACGAAUACAUGAAAGAUGACUUCUUUAUCAAAAUUGAGACUUGGCAUAAGCCUGACCUGGGGACAUCAGACAAUGUCCAUGGCUUGGACCCUAAUACAUGGAAAAACGUUGAAGUUGUUUCUAUCGAUAUAGCAGACAGAAACCAAGUGGAGCCUGGGGACUACAAAGCUGAUGAGGACCCAGCCUUGUUUCAGUCGGUCAAGACCAAAAGAGGCCCUUUGGGGACUGACUGGAAGAAGGAGUUGGCAGCUGCUGAAGAUUGUCCAAAAAUGUGUGCUUACAAGCUUGUGACCAUUAAGUUUAAGUGGUGGGGACUGCAGAAUAAAAUUGAGAACUUUAUUCAGAAGCAAGAAAAAAGGAUAUUCACCAACUUCCAUCGGCAGCUUUUCUGCUGGAUUGAUCGGUGGAUUGACCUUACGAUGGAAGACAUCCGGCGAAUGGAGGAUGAAACCCAGAGAGAGCUGGAGGCGAUGCGUAAGAAGGGUUGUGUUCGAGGAACAUUGGCUGCCAGCGUCUAGAGGAAGUCCUCGGUAGGGUCAGAGGCAAAUAACCCCACUGUCUGCGCAACCAAGGAGAAGUGAGAGGAACCAGUGCCGCUAAUGACGAAUGAAGAAAGCCAUCUAGUGUGUGUGGCAUCACGAUCCACCCUUGGGGUGUGGGUGGGUGCACAGUUCUUUACAUAUUUGUGCAUGCAUGCACACAACCAUAUACACACAUACACACUGGGUGACACUUGUACUGAGCGGCUGCUCCAAGGCCCUGAAUCUCCCCAGGAGGCCCCUGCCUUUGUUCUCUAUAUCCAAAGCUAAUUAAAGCCGCCUAGUGUCGAUUAACGGAAGAAGAGAAUGGCUGAAUUAUAUUAAUUGGAACAUUUCAAGACUGUGGAUGCUGGACCAAUUUACUUUAUCUUUUAUAACAUACACAAGAGUGCCUCCUCGCUAGCACUCGUCUCUGUUUAGGCUUUUAGAUGUGCACCAGCAGUUAAUUUUCCAGUUUGUGUUGUUCAUUCAUGAUUUGGAAUAGGAGCUCUGAAUGCAUUUAUAGAUACUUAUUUCUGGAUUAUCGCUAUCUUGAAAUCAGAUCAGAAACAUUUCCAGUAGUAAGGAUCAAUUUCUUGCUAUUGAGGUUUAAAAAAACAACCCAGUUUUCAUCCAUUUUUUUAUUUAUCGAAUUUAUUUAUCAAAUUUAGCCACUGUCCAUCCCCCACCCCCAAAGGAUUUGCUGCAAAGAGAUCUAUUUUGCUGGAGUUUUGCAGAUAGAGUCAAGGGUUUCUUCAUUAGAACUGGCAAAAUAAAGGUUCACCAGUAAAAGGGAACACAAAGGGGGUUAUUGAUCCUUCUUUUUUAGGACUGUUCCAAACUGGAGUCAGUCUGGAGGAGAAAGUGCUGUUUUCAGAAUGCCCUUGGGUCCUCCACUAUUUCAACCUGGAAGCUCUGUUUUGUAUCACUAUAGGGGGGAAAAAAAGAAUGAAUAGAUAGCACAAUUCUUUCUCCAGUACCAUUUAGAAACUGGCGUCCUAACUUGGAGAACCUUCUGUAGAGAUUUCUUAAAGGAGAGGAUCCCAGUAGCAACUUAUUCCACACCCAACUGGGUGGGUGUUUGCGCACAGGGGACUGACCUGGCAAAUGUGGGGCCCGAGGCACCAAGGGCCAGGGCACGGGCAGGGCUGCUGCUCCGUUUUCCAGGAGCUGAGCUGUCCAGUCAGAACUGCGUCUGAGGCCGGGGGUUCAGCUCCUUGCUCUGGCCACAGGGAUGCUCACGUGUUCCCCUGUUGGAGAAUUGGCUUUGUAAACACGUGGUUUUAGAGGCUGCUAAGCUAGGCUGCUGUUAAGUCAAGGACUUGCUGCUUUUAGCACAGGAAUCUGUUCCCGUCACACCAAGGAGAACCCCAAUGCCAGGCUCCAUGACGCCCCUGCAGGUCAUUACAAGGGGUUAGAUGUGAACCUAGAGAGGAAAUUUUGUAGUGAGUGUAAAAUGGCUACUUCUGUGUUUUCUAGUUUAACUGCAUUAAGACAAUUGAAAUAAAUUUGCUUAUAAAAUA